GAAUUGUGGGAAUUUAUGUAAAAAUUAAGAUGGCAGCCGCCUGUGCGAGAACUCUCAGUAAGGUCGGCUGGCACAUUUUGGAGUCUCCACCAUGUCGUGCUGGGAAUAUUGCCUCCCUGAUUCCAAGGGUCCCGCUACAUGGAUCGAGCCGGGCCUACAGAACAGGUGGUGCAGGAUUCCGUUCCAAACUGCUUUUCAGCACACCUCUGCGCGGUGGCAGGGUCCUGGGGUGUGCAUUCCUGAUUGGAGGGGGGCUUGGCUUGUAUCAAACAAUAAAGCUCUCCGUCCAACAUCACCUUGCUGAAGAAGAUGUCAAGCCUUCUGUUGGUGGCCUGAAGUUGACCUUGUAUCAGUACAAGACCUGCCCGUUCUGCAGUAAAGUGCGAGCUUUUCUAGACUACCAUGGGCUUCCAUAUGAGAUUGUGGAGGUCAACCCUGUCAUGAGGAAGGAAAUCAAGUGGUCAACUUACAGAAAAGUGCCAAUUGUGAUGGUGAAUGAUGUGCAACUGAAUGACUCCUCAUUAAUAAUCAGUGCCUUGAAGACACGGUUGAUGAGCAAGGAUAAAACCAUCUCAGAAAUUCUGUACUGUUACCCAGAGAUGAAGGCUGUCAAUGAGAAGGGGAAAGAGGUGAUCGAGUUCAACAACAAGUACUGGGUGAUGGUGAAUGAAGCUGAAGGUCAGACAAUGUACCCUGAGAAAGAUUCCAGAAAGGAGGAGAUCAAAUGGCGUAAGUGGGCAGAUGAUUGGCUGGUGCACCUGAUCUCACCCAAUGUUUACAGGACCACUGGAGAGGCCCUGGCCUCCUUUGACUAUAUUGUCCGUGAGGGCAAGUUUGGCACUUAUGAGGGAUUCUUUGCAAAGUAUGUUGGAGCAGCUGCCAUGUUUGUCAUCUCAAAAAGACUGAAAAGUAGACACAACCUGCAGGAUGACGUGAGACAGGAUCUGUACAAGGCAGUCAAUGAGUGGGUGGUGGCCAUUGGCAAGAAGAGAAAGUUCAUGGGUGGAGACCAGCCCAAUCUGGCUGACCUGGCAGUGUAUGGGAUCCUGAGAGUGAUGGAGGGUCUUGAGGCCUGGGAUGACAUGAUGGAGAACACCAAGGUGAAGAGCUGGUACAGACGAAUGGAGAAAGCUACAAAAAGCCACAAGGGCCAAACUGACCCUGCUCUAAAUAUUGACCAGCACUAGGAGAUCUGAUUCAAUAGCACUUCCAGCCCUGACUUAAUCAGGAGAUGUGAAGAGUUAUUGCAUUAAGGAGAGAUGGGUGAAAAAAAUGCUAUACAUUUGUCCUAAGGCUCUUGUCCUCCUGACACAAUUCACAGAAAUGGACUUCUCUAGCUAAUAUGGAUUAGGCAAAAGGCCAACCUCUUGAUUUAUUUCCUGUGAAAAUGCACCCAAAUGAUCUGUGUUAAUUUGCUUGAAUAAACUUGCAGCAGCAAGCCA